UUUCCAUUUCCUUUGUUCCUCUCCUUUCUUCUCAACCAUCAUAAUUCCUAUUUUUCUAUUUUCCCUAAACCCUAUUUCACGUUCAGUCCCUCACUCCCAUUACCACCCACUGCACCCCGCACUCCGUCCCCGCGUCUGCCGUCGCACGCUGAACUCUCUCUAGCCGCCGCAGUCUCAGUCUCCCGACCAAAUCGCCGACGGACUUUCUCUUUCACACUCUCUCGUCUCUCCGAGCAAUCAGAGCUUCUUAUCUCUGUUUCAUUUCAGGCUUUUCAGAGGAAUACUAAGAUGGGUUUCCAGCUGCCGUCUCAUGGGAUUCAAUCAAUGCUUAAAGAGGGCCACAAGCAUCUCUCAGGCUUGGAUGAGGCCGUCCUCAAGAACAUUGACGCCUGCAAACAGCUCUCCACCAUUACUCGAACUUCUCUUGGUCCCAAUGGAAUGAAUAAGAUGGUAAUUAAUCAUCUUGAUAAGCUUUUUGUUACAAAUGAUGCUGCCACAAUUGUCAAUGAACUAGAGAUACAGCAUCCUGCAGCCAAAAUUUUGGUUUUAGCAGGUAAAGCUCAGCAAGAAGAAAUUGGUGACGGAGCUAAUCUGACAAUUUCGUUUGCUGGGGAACUUUUACAAAAUGCUGAAGAGCUCAUCAGGAUGGGUCUACACCCUAGCGAAAUAAUCAGUGGCUACACGAAAGGAAUCAAUAAGACUAUUGAGGUUUUGAAGGAACUAGUGGAGAAAGGUUCAGAGAACAUGGAUGUUCGUAACAAAGAGGAAGUUAUUUCGCGCAUGAAAGCUGCUGUUGCUAGCAAGCAAUUUGGACAAGAAGAUUUUAUUUGCUCUCUAGUUGCUGAUGCGUGUAUACAAGUUUGUCCUAAGAAUCCAGAAAAUUUUAAUGUGGACAAUGUUCGAGUUGCGAAGUUACUGGGAGGUGGUUUACAUAAUUCUUCAGUAGUGCGUGGCAUGGUCUUGAAAAGUGAUGCUGUGGGAAGUAUAAAGCGAAUUGAGAAGGCUAAGGUUGCUGUAUUUGCUGGUGGCGUUGAUACAUCUGCAACGGAAACAAAAGGAACAGUAUUAAUUCACACUGCUGAGGAGCUACAAAACUAUGCAAAAACUGAGGAAGCUAAAGUUGAGGAGCUGAUAAAAGCAGUUGCAGAUUCAGGGGCUAAAGUAAUUGUUAGUGGAGCAGCUGUUGGGGAAAUGGCUCUACAUUUCUGUGAGCGCUACAAGCUUAUGGUCUUAAAAAUUAGUUCGAAGUUUGAGUUGCAGAGAUUUUGUCGCACAACCGGUGCUGUAGCCAUGUUGAAGCUUAGCCAGCCAAAUCCAGAUGACUUGGGUCAUGUGGACUCUGUCUCAGUUGAAGAAAUUGGUGGUGUUCGGGUCACAGUUGUGAAGAAUGAAGAGGGGGGUAACUCUAUAUCUACAGUUGUGAUACGAGGAAGUACUGAUAGCAUACUGGAUGAUCUUGAGCGGGCAGUUGAUGAUGGAGUUAAUACGUACAAAGCAAUGGCGAAGGACAGCCGCACAGUACCUGGAGCUGCUGCUACUGAAAUCGAGUUGGCUAGGAGAGUAAAGGAGUUCUCUUUUAAAGAAACUGGAUUGGAUCAGUAUGCUAUUGCAAAAUUUGCAGAAAGUUUUGAGAUGGUACCAAAAACUCUUUCUGAAAAUGCUGGGCUAAAUGCAAUGGAGAUAAUAUCCUCGUUGUACGCUGAGCAUGCGUCCGGAAAUACUAGAGUGGGUAUAGACUUGGAAGAAGGGAUUUGCAAGGAUGUUUCCACGAUGAAUAUCUGGGAUCUUUACAUUACCAAGUUCUUUGCUCUUAAGUAUGCCGCAGAUGCUGCUUGUACUGUCCUUCGAGUGGACCAGAUAAUAAUGUCAAAACCAGCUGGAGGCCCCAGGAGAGGAGAUCAACCUGCGGGAAUGGAUGAGGACUAAAUCUUCAAUUGGCUCAGUUCUCUAAUUUAUUCUGCAUCUGCCCGUCCUCGCAAGUUAUUGAUUAAGAUAUUGAAAUGGUUUGUUUGUAUGAGAGGUGGGUGUUUUUAUUAGGUGAGGAGUUUGCUGUUGAAAAUGUGGCUUUUUGUGAAUGCCACUGCAAGUAGAACAAAUUUUUGAGUCACUGGCUUUGAUUGUUGGAUAUAAUGUCGGUAUAGCUUUGAUUGUCCGUAUAGCUUUGGCUUCUUGUGUUAGUUGAACUCCUCGAAAUUCGAAUGAAGCAAUUUAGAAUGAGUUGUUGACAAGCUAGCUUAGCUAGGUUUCUCCAAUCCUUUGCCUUAAUGCAUUUGUUCCCAAACC